CGCUCCGCCCAGUCCUGCAGGGCCCUUCGGCCUCGGCCAGCUUGCGCGGGGACCUGGCUGGGGAGGCGGGCUGGUUCCCGGGGGGCAGCAGCCCAUUUCAGACUGUCUCAAUGCGAAGCUUGUGUCGCUACCACUUCCCCAAUAGCGGCCUCUACCGGCUGCCGUAGCCCGCCGCUCCUGUGGCUAGGGCGAUGGCGCUGUAGGUAGCUCCUGCGAUCGCCUGAAGAUAACCGCACUUCCUUCGGAGUAGCGGCCCGCGUUUGGAACGCCGCAUUUCUGGGAGUUUCAGGAGGGGGCUCCGUAAACGCUCCCUGCCGCGGCGCCGGGCCCAGCGGAGAGGCAGGACUCAGGCACCUCUCUGGACGCGCAUGGCUGGCCGUUGAGCAGUGGGGACCUGAGAUUCGAACGGACGCAGCGGGCCAAUCAGAGGCGGCGCCGGGGCUGAGCGCCGUGUUUGAGACGCGCAGGGAGGCGGGGGUGGGGCUGUGAAGGGUCGGGGACGGGAUGUCCAGGGGGGCGGCGUGAGCAGGUCGGGAUGGUGGUGAGGGGGUGAGAGGCCGGCCGAGGCGCGGCCGGGGCCGGAGGCAGAGGGGACGCGGGGCGCAGAGGCGCGGCGGAGCCGGGAUGGCGGGGCGCGGCCGCGCCGUGGUGCGCCUGGCUGUGCUGCAGCAGCUGCGGGCCGCGUAUGGGAUCAAGGUGAAGAGUGGGAGCUGCCGAGGGGCGGCGGGGAAGCAGCCUGGAGCGGCGGCUGUAGAGGGCAAAGUCUUUGGAAUAUCGCUUCAUUCAUUACCUCAGUCAGUUGUACCAGAGUACGGAAGUAUUCCAAGCUUUCUUGUUGAUGCUUGCAAAUAUUUAGAAGAACAUGUUCACACUGAAGGACUCUUCAGGAAAUCUGGAUCUUUUGUCCGUUUAAAAACAUUAAAGAGUCAACUGGAUCAAGGUGAAAACUGUCUACCUGCAGCACUGCCAUGUGAUGUUGCAGGGCUUCUUAAACAGUUCUUUAGAGAGUUACCAGAGCCGAUCCUUCCAACUGAUCUGCAGGAAGCUCUUUUCAAGGCUCAGCACCUAGAAAAUGAGGAGAAGAACACUGCCACAGUGCUGCUUUCUUGUCUUGUGGCUGACAGAACAAUAGAUACUUUGCGAUACUUUUUCAACUUUCUCAGAAAUGUGUCCCUAAGAUCCAAUGAGAACAAAAUGGAUAGCAGUAAUCUGGCAGUGAUUUUUGCUCCAAACCUCUUGCACUCAAGUGAUAAUGAAAAGAUGUCUGUUAACACAGAAAAAAAGCUUCGUUUGCAGGCUGCUGUUGUGCAAACACUUAUUGAUCAUGCAGCAGAUAUUGGACGUGUACCGGAAUUUAUCCUGGAAAAAAUACCUGCUAUGUUAGGUAUUGAUGCUCUUGAUUCUACUCCUUCACUGAGAGGCUAUGAAGAAAGUGAAUCUCCUAGUCAGUGUAAGAGAAGAAGACGACGAAGUGUUGGGGAUAUUGUUAGUGGAGCAUUGAAUAAACUUAAAUCUAACAGAACACCCUCCACUACACCUCAGCGAGACAGAAAUGUGACUCCAUUGAUUCUUACUCCAAGCACCAAGCGUAAACUUCCAACUGAUUCUUCUCAAGGCUUCUCUAGCAAGAAAAGGCGGUCCCUGAAGCAUAAUUUUGCUUUUGAAUUGCUCUCAAGUAGCCUGUUUAGCAGCGCCUCAACACCAGCAUCAGCUCAAUUUGAAGCAAGCCCUCAAGUCUCUCUCGAGUCAUCUCAGAGUUCACUGUCUCCCUCAGUCAGCAGUGAAAAGCAUCUAUCUAGUACAGGAAAUCGAAGAAGUAAAAGAAUUGCAAGCAAAAAAAUUUACAGGGUUGAAUCAGGAAAAACUGGUUGCUUCUCUCCAAAGAUUAGCCGAAAAGAAAUGGUUCGCAGGUCAUUACGUCUGAAAUUUAGUCUGGGAAAAAGCAGCAAAGAUGUAAAUGUUUUAACUGGAUGUCCAGUUGGUAAAGGAUCUGAAAAUAUUGGUCGGCGACUUGCAAGUCAACAAGACUUGGAAAAUACAGUUGAAUCUGUAAAGACAGAUAUACUUUUCAGCACACGUGUCAGUGAAAAAUUCUCAAAGAAAGGUUCACAAAUAAUGAGCAAGUCGGAGGAGAACUUGCUAACUCCGAAAUGUGAUAAAGCAAAUUACCGAAUGUCUUGGAAUGGACCCAGUAUUACAGAUUCUCAUGGCACCAGCAACAACGAGGCAAGUCUGAUGGGAUAUCUUGAAACUGAAGGCUGUUUUUCAGAACCUGUUCUUAUAGUUGGAAAGCCACCUGCCAUUCCAGAUGACUUAAGGUCCACUACUGCAAAUCAUAAGCAAGAUAAUAGUCUAAGGGAGUACUCGCUUUGUGUGGAUGAGAAUAACUUGACUACAGAAACAUUAUUGAAAAUUAAGAAAGCAUUUUCUGAAUCUGGAAGCAAUCUUCAAAAUUUAAUAGGUGAUGCAAAGUCUUCUGUAUCAGAUUUAAGAGAAGAAAAGUUAACUGAAACUCCGUGUCUCUCAGGGGUUAGUCCAGAGAAGGACCUUGUUGAAACUUCAGCUGAAAAAUCCAAGGAUCAGUUUAACCAGUUUGCUAAUAAAUCUAAUACCACUGACAAAUAUCAAUCAAGUAAAGAUGAAAUCAAGGUUGUGGAGGAAAACUGCUUCCAAAAUCCUAUUGAGAUUGAACUUCAGACACAGAAAUUGGGCAUGGAAGAUGCACCAGAAUUUAGUAUGCCUCAGGUAAUGUCCAGAGAGGACAGAUUGACUUUUCAGAACAGUUAUUCAAAAGAUAAUUUAAAGAAGAUAGAUUCCUUCAGAAGAAAAGAGGGUGAGGAACUGGAACAGUCAGAAAGAGUUGCUGAAGAUUACGAGCUGAAGUCCCGUAAUUCAGCUCAGCCUAUUGCUGCUGGGGAGCUCCCUGUCUCGCAGUUGUUGGAGUCUAGAAACAGACCUGGCAAACUGUACUUGCAGACUGGAGGUUAUGAUAAUACUGUACCUAAAACUUUACCAGUUUCUGACCAUGGAAAGGUUUCUGAUCACGUCCACUGGUUCAACAAACUUUCAUUAAAUGAUCCAUGUUCCACAAGCAAAACUAAACCACCUCUUAAGUUUCAACGUACCCCUGUCCGCCAGUCUGUAAGAAGGAUAAACUCCCUCUUAGACUCUAACAGACAAUCUGUAAACUAUAAGUUGGCAAAACCUGGUGAUGUUUGUUCUCCUCUUGUUAAAUCAGUAAGCUAUGAUACUGCACUAUCCUCCUGUACAGAAAAGUUCUCAAAGAAUUCCACAGUUUCAUUGCUGUAUUGUGAAACUACACACACACAAGUUUCUACAUCAUCUGAACUAGACUUAGCAUCCAAAUCUUCAAAAUCGAUAAAUCCGCUAGAACAGGCUGAUGCUUCUGUGAAAACAGUUAGAAUCUGCAAACAGAAAGUAACUAUUGGUAACCCAUCCAAAUCUGUUCUAGAAGAUCUAACCAAUCAUGAAGCACCAAAAGCUGCUGUAAAAAUGAACUCAAGUAUAAACAUUCUGAUUGCUACACCAGAUAAAAGUACCCUCAGGAAAAGUGCUACAGGAAAAGAAAAAGCUCGAUACAGGGGAUCUCCAAAGAAUCCAAUAUCAAAAGCAAAACUCCUGCCAACUACUAAACCUGUAGACUUAUAAGUACUAAUUUGACUAUUAACUCAAUUGUUCUAGAACUACUUUAACAUUCUUUGAGAAAAUUAAGUCUGUAUGUGAUUCUUAGUUCUGCUUUUUUGUAAAAUAGGAAUUUUUUCUUUUUAACUUGUACAAGUAAACUUUAUUCUCUGUAUGAUAUUAGGUAUUUUUCCAUUUACUUUGGCUUCUUAUGAUUACUAGUCAGCUGCUCAUUUUAAUUUUGACUAGAUUUUUAAAAAUUAGAAAAAUCUAGUUUAAAAACUUAUACAAAUAAGUUACAAUAGGUUAUGAAUUGCUAUCUCAGACACUGAGUCAGAUCUUUUUAGAAAUAACAGGCGAGCCUGAGGCAUUUCAAAAUCUUGCUGCUUCCAGUCAAGAGAGUAGUAGUAUUUCUUUGAGACAAUUUCUAGAUAUUUAAAAACAAAACCAACACAUCCAAAAGCAAAAUGGCUGAUUGCUGACUAUCAAAAUGUGAAACUUUUUUCCAUUUACUGUACUUGUCUUAAUUCUCUAAAUGUAUUAAAAUACUACAGUCAAAAAGAGACUCGUCAGUGUUCAAACUUCAGUAUCAAAGUAGACUUCACUACUGCUCCAAUUCCUGUGUGGCCAGAGAAUAUAUUGCUUUUUGGUGUAAGUCAGGGUACCUAUGGCUUUUUUCCCCCGCUAGAUAGGUGCAUUUUUUGUCUAUGCAGAUAUAUUCCUAUCUAAGCAUGUGUGCCCACAAGUUGGAGAAAUGGUUGAGCAUAUGGAAAACAAAUAUGCAAUUAGAUACUAUUAAAAGAUAGUAUUAAAAAUCUUUGUACAGUACACUUGGCAGCAUGGGUGUGUUCUGUUAUGUUUACCUGAUAUCUUUAUUUUGCAGUCAAGCUGUAAAAUAAUGUUAAUAGCAUGUAUGAGACUAUUUUUUUUUUCUGGAGCAAUUUUAUGUAGCUAAUCAUAUGAUGCAAAAGUAGAUUAAAGUACACGGUCACUGAAAUAAUGGAAGACAAAAGUAAAAAGCCAUAUUGUUAAAAGUUCAUUUGCACAAACAGAUGUUUACAUCUAUCUUCGCAUUAAAACUGUUUACAUCUA